UGGUUUGGUGGGAGAAAUAAAGCCAUCCCGGCCGAGAGCCGCAACAUGCAUCGGGCUAUCGCCCAUGCCAUGCCAUGCCAUGCCGCGCCAAAGCGGGACAGCGCGCCCUGCACGCCUUUGCACGGGGCGCACAGGACACGACGAUCCACCACCCAUCCAUGACUCGACUCAUCACCGCCGCUUCAGGCAGCAAGGGAAAGGAAAUAAAGCCGUUGGCAUGCGGACACGGACACGGCCCCGGCUCGUCACCCCGUGGCAAGGACACUGCCGCACGGUCGCACCGCACGCCGGAGACUCCCCCAGGCGAAAAAAAUGGUGGGGGACGAACGAACGGCUCGAUGCGGGCUUGCUUGUGUGGUCGGUGCUGCCGAUAAAAAGGGGCCGCGCUUGGGAACUUGACCGCACUGCACACCACCACCCCACUCCACUCUCUCCCACGCCACGCCGACUAGCUCCCUCCCCCUCUUUGCUUGCCAGCUACUAGUGCUCUGACCUCGGCGGCGAGAGAAGAGCUCGAGCUCCAUCCCGCUGCUUGCUGCAAUGGCGGCUCCUCUGGUCCUCAUGCUCUUGCUCGCCAUGUUCGCCGGCUCAGAUGCGAUGUACUGCGUGUGCAAGUCGGACGCGAACCCGGUGGCGAUGCAGAAGGCCAUCGACUACGCGUGCGGCAAGGGCGCCGACUGCACCCAGAUCACCUCCAACGGGCCCUGCUUCCAGCCCAUCUCCGUCGUCGCCCACUGCUCCUACGCCUGCAACAGCUACUACCAGAAGAACGCCGGCAUGGGCGCCACCUGCGACUUCAUGGGCGUCGCCACCCUCACCGGCGCUGACCCCAGCGCCGGAUCCUGCAAAUACCCCGCCAGCGCAAGCGGCGUGGGCACUGGAGCAGGCACCGGCGGCAUGGGCACCGGCGCUGGAGCAGGAACUGGCGGCAUGGGAACCGGCACAGGAACCAGCACCGGAACGGGCACGGGCGUCAGCACCGGCACCGGCGGCAUGGGGAGCAUGACCCCGCCGGGCGCGACCAGCACCGGGAUGCCGGGAAGCCCCUUCGGCGGCGGCGCGUACGGCCCGUCGGGCAUGAGCCCGGACUACAGCGCGGCCGUCGUCGGUCGCCGCGUGGCCGCCGCGGGGCUCCUCGUGGCGGCAGCCGCGCCGCUCCUCCUCCACUUCGUCUGAUCGGGCGGCCGCUGGUUGGCCGGCGGAAAGGCGCGUCGGCAAUGCCCGCCGCUUUUGCGUCCCGUCGGCUCGCCUUUCCGGCGUGUUUUGAUGGUCCGUUGGAUCGGGAGUACUGCUAGUAGGUGCUAGGGUUUGUCCAUGGGUGGUACUGUUAAACUGACAUUGUUGUAUCCGCGCGCCCCCCAUGUGGAGCGUGUUUGUACCGGUGCGGUUCGUGGUGGUAGAGAUGUGAUCUAGCGGAUUCUUUUUCUUUCUCUCGUAGCGGUGGUGUUCCGAGACAUAUAAUCAUGUGUUGUCGUUC